AUGAGUGACCCUAUAAAUGCAAAUCCAACGGUGAUCGACGUAAACAACUUACCCACUCGUCUAAAUAAAGGCGGCGCUGCUUCUUCCUAUUUCCAUGAUGAGGAGAAUAGGAAUAAAGAACUUCUUGAAAAGAUGAUAUCAUCCCUUUCAAUAGUGCGUAAUGGCGACUUGAAAUCACAUUCGAGCCCCACAAUGAGUGACUCCAUGUCUUCAGUUACAUCAAAUGCAUCUUCCCUUUCUAUUAGUGGUGAUUCUCCUGCUCGUGAUUUUGACGAGGAUAUGGAUACCGAUCCACAUGCCUCAAGUCAGCCACUAAUUGUAUCAAAAUAUGAAGGAGAAUUAUAUGAAGAAGGUAAAGAAGAUGAAGAUCUUAUAGAUGAGCAAGAAAUUUUUGAUCUCAUAUCGACUAUAUCUGAUCCUGAGCAUCCUCUUACACUAGCUCAGCUUGCGGUAGUAAAUCUCAACGAUAUAACUAUAAACGCUGCACCUACCAAAUCGCAAAUUUCAGAGAUUGUAAUCAAAAUUACACCAACAAUAACACACUGCUCGCUAGCAACAUUGAUUGGAUUGGGUAUUAGGAUUAGGCUAGAAAGGAGUUUGCCUGCUAGAUUUAGGUACAAGAUAUUGAUUAAAGAGGGAACCCAUCAGCUGGAAAGCCAAGUGAAUAAACAGUUGAAUGAUAAAGAAAGGGUUGCAGCUGCGUGUGAGAAUGAACAGUUGUUGAGUGUCAUUUCGCAAAUGUUGAGCACUUGCAAGUAG